CGUGUUACUCCCAAAAACAAAACACGUGGUCGUACUGCAGUGGAAGUAGAGUAGUUGACGGAAUAAACAAUCCCGUUUACCAUCACAUGAAAUAUUUUCUAGAGUAUAAGGUUUUCAGCUAUUACUAAAAUGUCGCCUCCAAUAUGUAGUUGUGCUGAACAAGUCAGAAAACUGACACAGCAGGCGUCAGUAAUGAGAAGAGAGAUAAAAAAUCUCAGACAGCAGAUGGAUGGAGCCAUACGAGCACAUAGGAAGCAGAUGUCAUCACUUCAGUCCAUGCUGACAGACUGUAUGAAACACGAGGAUAGCUUACAGUCAGUGAGCAAAAGCCCAACUCAAAGCUCUAGUGAAAUAAAUCAAUUAUUAGAGCAAGGACGUAUUCAGACAGUACCCAUUGGAUACAUAAGCUCAUGUUUUGCAGUCAAAAAUGGCACUCCACGACAACCCACCAUAUGCAGUUCUUCUCGGGCCAGCUUAAAGAUUGAACCCUCAGUCUUCAAUAACCCUGAGCAUUCUUUAGUUGGACUGGAACAGUACUCCCAUAUCUGGAUCAUUUUCCUUUUCCAUAAGAAUGGGCAAAUGAGCUACAAAGCCAAAGUAAAGCCUCCCCGUCUGAAUGGCCAGAGGGUGGGGGUGUACUCCACCCGUAGCCCCCACAGACCUAAUGCUUUGGGACUGACUUUGGCCAAGCUAGAAAGAAUCACAGGGGAUACACUUCACUUGUCUGGUGUUGAUAUUAUUGCUGGAACGCCUGUACUGGACAUCAAGCCGUAUAUUCCAGACUACGAUUCUCCUAAAACAAGGACAGAUGAAACCAACAGUGAAUACAGACAAACAUCACCAAUCACAGACUCUCAGAUGCCCCAAGUAAUGGAUGUGGACGAAGAACCAAACAUCUUAGAGACUUCAUCUAAACCAUCCUCAGAGCUCAGAGUUUGUCCAGCUGGACCUUCAGACUUCUCUCAGUCUGAAAGGUCUGGAUCCAGUGAUGUGACUGGUGUACUAGCAGAGGUUAAAAACUAUCUUAAACAACAGCAGCUUUUCACUGAAAAUGCAAAAGACAAACAGACAGAUUCUCCUGAAUGCACUUCAUUGGCAGCAAACCCUUUAUGUUCAUCUGCUCUUAAAUUUGGAUGUGAGGACUACAGUACUAUUGCUGCUUGGCUCAGGGAACCUCCUAUUAGUAACCUAGAUGUGCGAUUUACUGCGAAUGCUAAAAAAGAGCUCAAUGAGUUUGUUCCCUGCGACAGUACAGACAGCACAAGACCAAAGUUCCAGUUCUUGAAAGGACCAGAUGAAGCAAUGGCAGCCAUCAAAGGCAUUCUGUCAGCUGACCCUAGAUCAGUGUAUCGUCGUACACGUUGUCAAGACCGGCUGUUCUUCUUCACCCUGGAUACGGCUGACAUCACCUGCUGGUUCGGAGAUGGUUUUGCUGAGGUCGUGAGAGUCAAACCUAUGCAGAGUUGAGAACUCACAAAUGUCGUGAGAUGUGUCAAGUUUCUGCUUUGUUUUUUUUAAAGAUAAAAAUACUUAAAUGGAUAAUUUAUCCAACAAUGUAAUUGUAAACUUGAAACAUUUACUCACCUUCAUCCUCGUGAUUAAAAAAAAUCAUUUUUAAACCUCUACUACAAAGCACCUUAAGAUAUUUUUAUGUUUCAUCGUCUACUUUCUAUAUGUUAACAUACUAUCCUCAACAAGCAACUGUAUUGCUGGAAUAUUUGUAGCUUAACAAUUUAAUAA